GAUAGGCAAAACUUUACUCUUUUCUCAUAUAUUAUCAUGGGAUUCAUGGCCCUGAAAACACCUCUAUGUGUUUUCUUUCCCUUGGUCAUCCAAAUCUUAGGAAUUGAAUCAAACAUUGGAGUAAAUUAUGGCAUGCAAGCAGAUAAUCUUCCACCACCUAAUGAAGUAGCAAAAUUCCUUCUUGACUCAACUAUCAUCAAUCAUAUUAGACUCUUUGACGCAAACCCUGAUACUCUUCAAGCAUUUGCACACACAGGGAUUGCCAUAACUGUCACAAUUCCAAAUGAUUUGAUUCCCCAAUUCACUAAUUUCACAUUUGCUCAAGAGUGGAUCAAGACUAAUAUUUCUUCCCAUGUACAUUCUACCAACAUAAAGCGUAUUUUAGUAGGCAAUGAGGUAUUGGCAACAACCAAUAAGCUACUCAUUACCAAUCUUGUCCCAACAAUGCAAACCCUUUACUCCGCCCUCGUCGAAGAGUCCUUGGAGCAUAAGGUUCAAAUUUCGACACCUCAUUCUCUCGGGAUACUGUCUAGCUCGAACCCACCCUCCACGGGAAGGUUUAGGCCAGGAUACGACGAUCAUAUCCUUAGACCAUUACUUAGUUUUCUAAGGGAUAUAGGUUCACCCUUUCUGGUGAACCCGUACCCCUUUUUUAAUAUUGGUUCAAAUGAUACGAAUCUUAAUUAUGCUCUAUUUAGAUCUAACUCGGGAGUGUUUGAUGAAUAUACGGGCAUGAACUACACUAACAUGUUCGAUGCACAACUAGAUGCUAUUUUUUGUGCAAUGAAGAAAAUAGGAUAUGAUGACGUGGAUAUCGUCGUGGCGGAAACUGGUUGGCCUUCACAAGGGGACCCAGACUACAUUGGCAUAGACCCACAUAGUGCAGCAACAUACAAUGCCAAUGUUGUGCGCCAUGUCACAUCCGGUGUAGGGACCCCACUAAUGCCAAAUCGGACGUUUGAGACAUACCUAUUUGCAUUGUUCAAUGAAGAUCUGAAAUUUGGGCCUAGCUACGAAAGGCACUUCGGCUUGUUUGGGCCUGAGUUAAUUCCAGUCUAUGAUAUUGGGCUUCUUCGGCCCAAUAUGGCUUUCAGUGGUCCUCCAAAUAGUUUUAUAUGCUGCUUCAUGAUCAUUGUAAUUAUGGGCUGGCUGUUCGGUUGAUGGCUUUUUGCGGUGGCCCGCUGCCAGGCUGAGUUGAAGGUAAUGAAGCCCAUUGGGCCAUUAGUCCAACACUCCAUCAUUCGGAAUCGAAAAUAUGGAAGGUUUUCGCCUUAUGGGCUGUAUACCCAAGAGAUGUGCUAAAAGUGUAGACUACUAAAGAAACAUUGAUUACACUUUUAUGGGCUACAAUAUGAUUGAAGGCCAAAAGGCCCAAUACUCUUUGGGCUCGAGCUCCUUUUGCCGUUUAGGACGCAGUGUAGCUGUGUAGCAACUCUACUGGUCCAAGUAUGUUUUGUGAUUUUUUUUAAUUCUAUAAUUUGUUCUUUUUUUUAUCGAUAUGAGCCACAAAGGCGGUACAAAGUACAAAGAAGGGAAGGGGAGAUUCGAACAUAUCACCUAUAGUUCACAACACCUUAAUUUUAACCACUAGGUCAAGACAUCCUUGGUUUAAUUCUAUAAUUUGUAAAAUGAUUGGAAAAUUUAAAAACACUAGGUUUCAAACUCUAUUUGUACUUACUGCUUGUAUCAUUUUUUGUUUCAAUUUUCCGUAUUUUUGAAAAUCAAAAAUAAAAAUAUGAAAAUUAGAAAAAAAAAAAAGAUAUAUAUAAAAAAUCAAUUUCUUGUUGUUUGUUUUUAAAAUUGAUAGGUUUAGUAUAAAUAUGAUUAAUUUUAACUUUAUUAUAAAUCUUAUAUCUUAUGAUUUUUAUAUUCAUAAAAAUAAAAACUGGAAACUACAGUGAUGUCGAACGAAUCAAUUUGUUAUUUUGGUUUCUAAAUUCUCUUUUUCUUUGGGUUCUAACAGGCUAUUAAAGAAGCAAGAUUGGAGAAUAAUAGCUUGACGAAAUAGUCAGAUUUAAAGAUGAGGACUAUUUGCUUACACAACAACAAGGAUAAAACACCUUUGUAGAUAUUUUUCUUUAGUUUUAGGCUUUUAGCUUAUCGUCUAAAAGUAAAAAAUUGGUACUAUGAAUUACUGAAAUGCUUCCCCUCAAAAAAAAAAAAAAAAAAAAAAUUACUCAAAUGCUCUACUAUUAGGGCUUAACCGCAACCUAGCUAUAUCUCCUCUAUGAAUAAUUGAAGAGAACAACCACUACAUUUUUAUUUAGCUUAUCUUGGACUUGGAGAAUAUUGACGUUUGUAUUAUUUUAUUAUUGUAUUAUUGUAUACAGUCAGUAAUUUAAUAAGUAUGCGACUUUUAUUAACACAAAUUAUGAGAAAAAGAGGGGGAUUUCAGAAAGAGAAUAUAUAAGCCAUUGAUUUUUAUUCGAUGGUUAAUAAUGCUCAAACUCUAACUUGUAGAAUUAUUUUAUAACUUUAGAGGAUCCAAACACCGCCCCCAAAACAAAAAGAAGAAGGUGUAAUCCUAAGAUAAAAAAAAGUUACAAUGUAUCAAAUUUGGUUAUAUACUCAAUAAACUUUUUGUGUUAGCCUAAUAAAGUUAGAGACUUCAAAAUAUAUAAAUAUAACUUAAAUAUAUAUCAUGUUAUUUUAAAUUAACAGGCAUAAAGUGUAUUUAUCACACGGAGGUUGAGUCAAGAAAAUCCCCAAUAAAUAAAAGACAUCACUUUUAGUAAAUUUCGAAUUUGAUUAGGAUAUAAACCUAAAGUAUAUUCACCUCAAUAGUGAUCAAACCCGCAUCUUCUAAUUAAUAUUACAAUUUAGCGGAAAAAAGUAAUGAUACUAAACCAACAUCAUAAAUAGAUGAUCCCAUCAAUAAAUACAAAAAAUCAAAAAUAGAUAAGGUAUUAGCUUGUUUAAAACUAAAUGUAGUGGUUGUAUCAAUCAAGAAGUUUAAUACUUAAAAUUAAUUGGGAAAUCUCCCACUAUAUGUAUAACUAAUUGGUAAUAAAUGAAAAGGAAAACUUACAUAAUUUGCAUGGAAACACUAACAAUAUGAUUUAGGCCUUAUUAUACUUAAAUUAACUAAACUUAAUUAGAUUGAGUUUAACUCGAUUUGAUUGAGCUGAAAUGAA